UCGCGUACCAGGUUCGCACUAGAUUCGCCCGCCCAGGGACAGAAUUUGAAUAUACGGCGAAAUAAACCAAGAUAAUCGAUUUAAAUAUGAAUAACAAGCAACAUUAGUUAUUCAUAGCAAACAAGCCAUCGUCUGGAAGGAAAAUGACAGCAUGUACGAGUGAAAACACGGAGGAAAUGGCGAACGAGAGCGAAUAUGUAGAGGAGCCAGAGCUGUUUGUGAUGGAGUCGCUCCAGCCGAUGCUCUUUUCCAUCCGCGUCUGUCCCACCAAGGCCGCCCUGCAGAGGAUCAUUGAGGAUCACGGAGGAGAAUUAACGUCAAAGGUGGGAGGGCCACACACACUACGUCUGUUGCCCAUAGGAGAGAAAAGCUUCUCUGUGAGCAGUGAUGUGUUCAGUGCCCAGUAUAUAUAUGACUGUGUUAAGGAAAAAAGACUUCUGGAUCCAAGCAAAUACAGAGUAAAUAAGAACUCAUGUUACACUGAUGACAUCAAAGUCCUGGACAUCAUCCGAGGUGUGCGUUCUUGGGCAGACUGUGUGCGUGUGGAGAUUGAAGGUCCAGAGGAUGUGAGUGACUUCAGUGAUGAUGAAAACUUCAAUGUCUUGAUGCAGAACAGGACAUGGAAAACAGGCAGACGCCCGUACAGCCGCAAUGAACAGAAAUCUAUCCUAGAGUUCAUCAUCAAAAACAAACGCUAUGGAGAGGUCAAGGGUAAUGUCCUGUGGAAGGAUAUGGAAAAACGUAAGGUGUGUCCCCUGAGAUCAUGGGAGUCCAUGAAAGAGCAUUAUCGCAAAGUCAUAAUAACUGAUCUCGCUCCCUACCAGCUCUCAAAGAAAAUAGAAGCAAAGCUCUACAAAGGAUAUACUGAUGGUAAAUAUCAUAAAGAAAGUUCAGAUGAUGAUGAAGGUUCUGAAGUGGAAACAGAAGAGAAAGCUGACAAUGGAAAAGAAAAAAGAGACAAGGAAAGUGCAUGUGAAAGCAGUGACAAGGAGAAUCCCAUUGGGAAUCUUAUUUUACCAGAGUUAAGAAAAGAUCAGAGAGGAAAGGCUGUCACACAGAAGGAAGUGUCAAGUGAUCCAAAAGAAACACAAGUAGAAGAUGAGCAAUCAGAAUUAACGUGGCAGGAGGAGGCAGACAUAGAAGAUGAGGAGGAAACAGAAGAUGAGGAUCAAGAGGAGGCAGAUGAAGAAGGGAUCAAAAAGACAAUGAAUGACAUCAUGUAUGACGAAGUGGAACGUCAGGUAGCCUCAUUUGAUGCUGGAGUUGCAAAUUGCACACAGUCAUUUGAAGUUGUUUUGGCAGAUGGUGAGUUUGAGAAUCCCCCAAAGCAAACAGAUAACUAUCUGAAAGAACUUGCUGAUGACUGGGAAGAAUCUAGAGGAUCGUUUCCCGGCCAGUCUCAAAAUAAGGAAGAAAAUGCAGCAGCGUGUGCUGAGAACAAGCAGGAGAGAGGCAGAAGUGAAAGUGCACUCACUGGAAAUUUGCAAAAGAGCACACGUGAUGAAGAUGGGACACAGGAUAGGGAAGGAGUAUUUUCUUCAAGUGAUCCUGAUGAACAGUCCCAUCAGGUUGUUGAUGCAGAGAUCCCAAGCUCAGAAAGUACAAGUAAAAUUGUCAAAACCAAAAAGAACACUGACAUGUUCACAGAGAAGGAAGCAGAGGAAAUAGCCAACUAUCUCAUAGAGAUGUCAAACUCAGAUCCAUGGGAGGAACCAGCUGUUACAGACCUGAAGCAUAAUAAAUGUGGUGAUGCAGGAGGCAAUUCAGUUCAACAGAAUAAUUGUAAGGGAACUUCCAUUGUUGUUAAUAAUGGGGAACAGGCUGACACAUCAACAGAAACUAUAAUUUUUCAGACUUGCCCCACAUCAACAGAUUCACAUACAAAUCAAGAAGCUGGGAAGGAUAGAAAUCUGGUUCAUGACCCCUGUAACUCAGUUGAUGGUAAGGAGAUUACCAAGGUUUUGCUUAGUCCAUUCCUAGCAGAAACAGAGAGCUCUGGUGAAGAAAGUGACCGUUCAAUAAUCCUUUUCUCAGAAGGGGAGAUAUGUAGGAAGAGGUCUGUUGGUGAGGAAGAAGCAGACAAGAAAAAUUUGCUCAAUGGAAGCAAAGGAACCAGAAGCAGCUCUGCCUCAGAGACCAAAAAGAAAAGCAAGAAAGGUCAGUUGCAAGACAGGCAGUCAGGGAAUUCAAGUGUCAGUUCUACCAGCAAGGAUGUCUCUCAAGAAAAAACAAGGAUGAGAAAACCUCAAAAGAGAAAGCCACAUUUAGAUGAGAGCACUUCCUCUGACAGUGAAGUCCUGAUCACAAGGAGCAGGAAGGUUGAUAUGGGACAGAUACUCUCAUGUCCUUCAAAAGGGGUGCCGCAGAAGACUCGCUCCAUACAUUCAGAAGAGGAAACGGAAGAAGAGGAUGUAUCAUCACACACCCCAGACAGACAGCGGCAAAAUGGGAGAAGAAGCACGGAAGAGAACUCAAGUCCUGGGGGCACUUCCUCUGGAUCUUUGCAAAGGGUCAAACAUCAGCUUCAAAAGGAAAGGGAAACUAAACUUGAUGUUUCUAGUGAAGUGAUGAGAAAGAUGAAGGGGGGGGAAAAAGUUUCCUUAGAAGAGAACAGUUCAGACAGUGACGGCAAUGACGAUGAUAGUCUCAUAACAGAAGAAGAAAACAACAGUUACCUAAGUACAUCUCUGAUGUCUGACCCGUGCUCUAGCAUCGACAGCUUCACUGGCUUCUAUGACCGAUCCUUUUAUCCAAGCCGAUGUCAUGAGCUAAGAUUAGACUUGACGAGGAGGGUGGCAAAAAUUUCAACUGGGAAUGGGUGGGAGGUAAGAGCUUGUGGACGCUGAUGGCAACAUGUGAGGGGGGAUUGAAAGGUCGGUCCUGGCUCAGCCUCAAGGAGCGGUUCCGCAUGAGCAUCGUCAAGCACCUUCACAGCUUUAACCUCUCGGAUGAUGAGAUCCUCAAGUUCGAGAAAUAUGGGAAUCGCUCCAAGAAUCAAAAGAUUACUCACAGGCAUCAACCAGAUGCCUCGGUAUACAAGUUCGCCAAAAUCCGAUUGAGCCCUCGGACCAAGAAGCGCAGUGCGACGAGUAGUGUAUCAGAGUCAGAGGUCCCUAGAGAACAAAAGGAGGAGGUGUCAAGGGAGAGGAGUGAGAGUGAAAAAGAAAGAAAUGUUAGUGGAAGAAGGGAUGGAGAAGAACAAACAAGCACAUCUGUUGGACACGCGAGCAAUAGUGACAACGGUCGCUUCAAACUUCCACUGACUGAAGAGAAAGAAAGGGCCUACUCGCCUGAAAUCCCCCUCUUAGAAGGAAGUGUUUUUGAAAAGAAACGAAAACUGUAUUCUGAACCAGAGGGGAAUAAGGUGUUGACUCCACAGGUUAUGAGUGUGGAGGAGAAUGUGGAUGAAGGGAAAAGGAUAAAGAGGAGGAAAUUAGAUGAUAGUUUUUUUGGUGAAAAGGGAAUAGGAGAAAGAGGAAUAAAAGGGGAUAGAGGAAGUAAGCAGGAAAGAGAAGUAAGUACAGACAUGCAUGUAGACGACAGUGUAGAGGGUCAUGUGGAGUCAGAUGAUGAACUACCCUUGCUAAUCUCCAGGGACAAAGAAGUAGAGAGUGAUGUGGAAAUAACUGCUAAGAUAGCAGAAGAACAGGAAACAGAGGAAAGGAAAGUAAAUGACAGUAUAGAAAUAGGAAAUGAAAAUAACUUUGAUAAUAAUCAAACUGGUGAAGAAAUAGCAGCACCUCCAACAGCAGUGAAUUCCUUGGUGGCAAGUGAUCAGUCAGGACCAAUCAGUCCAGAAAUUGAUAAGGAGAACAUAUCAAGAACACCUGUGACUUUCAUCCCAGAAAAUGAACGAAGACUGUCCCCAAGGAAAAGAAACAGCAUGAACUUCACCCAGACCCCUUCCAGCACCACAUCUCAGAGUGAGACAAAGAGAAAGAAGGAACGUAAUUCUCUGCCUGCCACAGUCAGCUCCCAUGACAAGAGAGUGACACGACGUUUCUUGGAAUUGGAGAAAACCCUUCCGAGACAGAAAUUAAGGGUUCGUCCAUUACACAAGAACAAGUGAAAAUUUUAUGUAGCUUUGUGGAUGUUUUAUUUCUUUACUUUUUUUUUAUUUGAUAAAAGGCUUGAGGCUUUGGUUUUAAAAGAUGAAUUUAGUGCAUAGUAUGAUUUUAUGUCUUGAGAAGAUGUAAAGAAAAGGAAAGGAAGUUUUAUGGAAUGUGAAUGCUAGAGAAUGAAGGUAUUUUUCUAAUUUUUUUUUUUAUUCUAUUGCACUUGAUAGGAUUUGUAAUCACCUAGAUGUAGGUUAGUUUUUUUAAGGCUUUACUGUCCAGAAUUCUUGUAUUUAGGUUGAACAAAAGUUUGUAGUUGGUGUAAAUAUUAUAUGUAUAUUUUUUAUGAAAGUUUUCUUUUUUGGCAUGCAAGGAGACAGCUUUAUAUGACAAAAAAUUUAAAUGCCACUUUUUUAUAUAAAAUGUACAUACAUGCUACAGUUUAGGGUGUAUUGCAACAGUUGGAUGUUUAAAAGAAUACAAACACAUUUACAUCAUGCAGAUCUUGGUUCUUUUGUAAAGGUUUAGGUAGUGUCCCUCUUGCCAUUCUAGGGGAUGAUGCGCAGAGCUGAGGAGUACAGUAGGUAUUUUUAGACUAAAAAUUGUCCACUGAUUUUAACCCAUUAAUGACAGGUAAAAAAAAAAAAAAAAAAAAAGUCUUGCAAGAACAAUAAUCACACAUUCUUUGAUAGUUAUUUGUCUUUCUAGUAGAGUGAGAGACCUCAUUACAGCAAUCAAUGACAAGGUGAGACAUCACCUGGCUCCUAGGAUUAUUUGCCAUGUUGUGGUAGCUCUUCACCUGUCACCAGAUGGUUUUAAUUUAUAUACCAAAAAAGUGCCAAUUGCUACAGACUCUCAGCACUGAGGGUAUUGGACCCAGAAUAUAAAAAGGGAAGUGUGCAAAACCAUGAGAAAAUAUUAAUAGUUCUGUUGGUUUCUUGCUGCCACAGAUUUUUUAACAGGUACUACUGUUAAUGAAUUGAGCUUUUCCUAGCAGUUACAUAAUUCAGGAAUAAUAAUUACAUAAAUUUGAUAUUGUAGGAUUCACUAAGUGUAAAAGUAUGGACAGAACUUCACAUCUCAUGACUUUUUUUUUUUGUUAUUGGUGUAUAUUAUAAAUUGUUCUUUGCUGUUUUCUUGCUCAUUUCUUCAGCUUCUCUUACCCAUUUUUAUUCUAUAUUUCUUCUUGGAUGGUUUUAUAAAUGAUUUCGAGUGUUGCAGUUUUGAGGAUACCAUGAAUCAUGUACAUCUACUACUAUAAAAAUGGAGGGAAAAAGUCAUAUAUACACUAUCCUAUUUGUCUUUAGAAAUGGCAGAGUUUCUUGCUGUUACUUGCGAAGUAAAUAUUGUAUCUACUGUAUUAAAGUCAACACUAUUCUGGGGUUGAUUUCAACAGUACAAAAUAUACAAAACAUAAUUUUACAAAACGUGAUAUUAAGGAAAAAAAUGAAUAUACGUCUUCAUGUGCUGUGAAGCCCCCAAAAUUUUAUUUCAUUAAUUUUCCUCACUAAGUUGUUGACUCUGUUUAUUACAGAAGUGUCAUUUUAGAUGUAAGCAGAUAUCUUGUACUUUGUAUUGUUAUUGAUAUUAAUCAAGACUCCCAAAACUUGUAUGAUUACCCCAUUUAAGAAUAAAUAAUAAUGGAGAAAAAAGUGCUAUUAAAUGUUUUUUAAAAAUCAGUAUAUGUAUUUAGGAAAAUUAUUUAGGAUAUUUGCAGCAGCCAUGAAAUUUAAGGAAAUUAUAUUAUAAGUAUAAGCAGGAGUCGUGAUACGUUAAGAUUUCAUACGUGGUAGCAAAUUUAUGUUUAGUGGUUACCUAAAAGAGCCUGUUUUAGAAAAUGGAUUUUAACUGUUAAAAACAACAGAAUGUGUAAUAUGUCUCAGUUUCAGUUGCCUUUUUAAUUUGAUUUCUGUGGUAACACAUAUGAUUGUGAAACUGAUAUCUGCUGUGAGAAAAAUUAGAUUUUUAAAAUACAUGGGGCAUGUCUGCAGACAUGUGGUUGACUGACCUUGGGCUAUGUUCGCCCUAUUCUAUCCUGCCACCAUUUCUGUGUCUGAGAACUUCACACACCAAAGCCUUAAUUUUGACAUGCAUUUAUUUCAACCAUACCUGUUAUUUAUCAGUGCAGGGUGGGACAAAGAAGUCUGACAUAUACAAGUUUAGGGGUUUAUGGGCUAUGAAAAGUAGUUCUCACAGGUGAAUUUGUACUUAGAUUUCUAUGCAUUCAUUUGUUAAUGGGUUAUUCCAAGUGGGGAAGAAAUGAUAGCCUACCAGGUUCUAAAUAUUAUUUGUUUGAAACCAUUUUUACUUUUAUUUUUUUUAUUUUUUUGUUUCAGUGUCAUUAUAGAAAACAAGAAAAUAUGGUUACACCUUAAGUUAGACUUUCCUGAAAGUGUUUCUACAUGAGUAGCCUUUGAAUUGAAUAAGUUUCUAAAGUAAGCAAUGUUUAUAUGACUUGGAAUUGCAAAUUCUAGCCACAUAUUCAAAUUCUGGAACUAAUUUUUUUCACCUAUUACAACUUGUAAAGUGUAUUUACAUAUAUAUUUGAAUUUGUUCCUUAAUGGAUGACGAUGCAAUGUAAUUGAUAACUGUGUACCUUUGGUUGGAUUAUGAUUCUGGAGGAAUCUGUAAUACUGUUAAAGUCAUAUCCUAUAUCUUUUUCAAAUCUUGUAUUUGAAACAACAUAUAUGAAUAUUAUUGUUAUUAGAAUACUUUAAGUGUUGUAUAUACUCUUCCAUACUCUCCACUUUAGCAGUGCAAGUGGACAUCCUCAAUUGUAGGGGUGCUUUGGUUAACACAAAGGAAAAUUAUCUUUCUUAGGUACUACUGCUAUGUACCAGUUGUAAGUCAUCCAAUUAAAAGUUAUUUUACGGGGCUAUUUGGUAGUGUUAAAUCAUUACGUGUCCUUAGCAUGAAAUGCCUCCCAAGAUGUAUUAAAUAUAUACAUAAUUCAAAAUACAAGAUAGAGAGAAAAAACAUCUAUAAGGUUAAAGAAAGGAAUACACUUAAUAUCUCAUCAUAUAUUUUACAAGUAUGAACAAGACUAAAACACCAAUACCAUUUUACAAAAUAUAUUCUUCAAAUAAGCAACUUGCCAUAACUGGAAUGUUGUGCAUUAUAUAUCUCUUUAUCAUGCUAUUUUAAAAUUUAAAACAGAAUCAUGGUGUGUUGUAUUUACUUACAUACAGACACAAGAGAGACUGAAAACUAGCUGAUGAGGAGAUACUCUUUAAUAAAUGCUGUUUAUGAAGCACCAUCUAAAAUUAUAUGUAUAUACAUCAAUAUUAACAAAUGGACAUGCCCGAGAGUCAAGAAAAAGGAAAAGCCAAGAGAGGAUAACAGGUUUUGAAUUUUCAGGAUUAAGAGUGGAUAGCAUAAAAAAAAAAAA